AACAAAUAUUGGAGACACAUUAUACCAAUUCUAGCAUCAUUGUCAUUUGAAGUAUAUCUAUAUGGACAAAUUACCAAGAAGAAUCAAAAUAGUUAAGUUUUAAUCUAUCUUAUUUUGAACAACAAGAAAGAUUAUUGUCUUGCCUUCUUCCAAAUUGUAAAAGACAAGAUGUACAUAUAUGGUGAGGAAGAUUUGAUAUUGGAUUAUUGUAGUCAUUUUUAUUUAUGAGGUUUUGAUGGAUGUUUACAUGAGUUCUUUUGAUGAUAAGCAAUUCCCGAAUUUAUGAGAAAAAAAAAAUCAAUAAAAAAAGUAUUAUUAUUAUUAUUAUUUUGGGUGGAGCAAAAAGGUAGUUCUUAAGCAAAAAUUCAUUUUUUAAACACCAUACUUGUAAUAAGCUUCAUAUUUAACAGCACAUAUUAUUGCUUGAAUGAAUGAAACUGUAUUAUCCAUCUCAUUGAGAAAUUUUAACCCACAUUUCAAAAGAUACUGUACUAUUUCAUAUUUCAGCCUAAACUUGAAAUGUUUCAAAUUAAAUUUAUGCAAUGUUAACUGAAUAUUUCCAUUAGCAUUACCAUUGAUUUGAAUAACAACAAAUUUGAGUAUUGAGUAGAACUGAAAUCUUUGUAAAACAAGAUUUUUUGGAAUUGUCACAACACAGUGAUUCCAUAAAACUGAAUCCUUGUUGUCUUCUGAAGAGCACUUUUAGUUCACUGUUGAUUUCAACUCUUCACAACAAAUUAAAAUUUCCUCUCUUAACUUAUUUACUGGAUAAAUAAAAUAAAAUAUAAAAACUACACAAACACACACACACACACACACAAUGUGAAUUAUUGUUGAAAAUUUUCAAUUUGAAUGAGGAAAAAAUAACAAGUGUGGACUCAUUUUUUUUCUGAAUCAAACAUAACAUGUCUCAUAAAAAUGUCAUGUUGAAAUAUAUAUAUAUAUAUAUAUAUAUAUAUAUACUGAAAUUUCAAAAUCAUAUUUACCCACAAUGAGAAGAAGGCAAUAAAAUUUAUUUGAAUCAAAAUAUCUGAUUUCAACAUGUGUGAAGUGAAUAUGAAGUAUUUAAAAAGGGGAAAAUGUUAACACUAGAGUACCUGUGUUAUAAAAUCAUGAACACAUGCUACAAAAAACCCGAAAUUGAGACUUACUACAAUUGAUCAUUCAACUUGAAGCUAUGCCACGUUUGGGGAGGGUGCUGGUGAUGGCAGCACUGCCAGUGAUGAAGAUUUUAGUGAUGUGUGGAAUUGGAGCCCUCCUGGCAUCCCCCAAAAUCAAUGCCUUCCCUCCUGAUGCACGCAAACACUUAAACAAACUGGUGGUGCUGGUGUUUGCGCCGUGCUUGAUCUUCACAAAGUUGGCAGAGACAGUCACAGCUGAAAAGCUCAUUGAAUGGUGGUACAUGCCAUUGAAUGUAUUAUUAAGCUUUGCAAUAGGAGCAUGUGUGGGUCUAGUUGUUGUUAAACUCACAAGACCUCCACACCACUUGGAAAACCUCACAAUUGCAUGUUGCUCUGCAGGCAACACAGGAAAUGUUCCUUUGGUGUUAAUUUCAAGUAUAUGUGAAGUAGAUGACAAUCCUUUUGGUGCCAAUUUAUCUUGUUCAUUAAAUGGACAGGCAUAUGUCUCAUUUGGUAUGUGGAUGGCAACAUUAUUAAUCUGGACAUUUAUUUACACUCUCUUAAUGCCAAAUAAAUUCAAUAAUCAACAUCUCAGCUCUAAAGAUGUUAAGAGAGUGCAAUUUCAAACACCUAAUGCAAAUGAUAUCCGUUUGAUUAAAACAUCAAACAAAAUGGAUGAAGAAAAUACAGAAAGAUCAAGUUUACCAAUGAAUACAACACCUUCAUUGGCAUCACUGCAAUCUAUUGGUACCAAAAUUUCAACAACAUUAAAUUUCCAACAAAUUUUUACACCUCCAACAACAGCGGCUUUUUUGGCACUUAUAGUGGGAGGGUGUGUUCCAUUGAAGAGUAUAUUUAUUGGCUCACAUGCGCCAUUACAUUUUUUGACUGAUUGUUUUGCCAUUUUAGGGGAUGCAACAAUACCAUGCAUGAAUUUGAUUCUUGGUGGUAACCUUAUUUCUGGAAUACAUGGAAGUGGAUUACAACCUAAAACAACAAUUGGGAUUUUAUGCACUCGAUUUUUUAUUCUUCCAUUAAUUGGGUGUGGCCUUGUUUUCAUUGUAAUAAACUUGAAACUAAUUCCAGAUGAUCCGCUAUUUCAUUUCGUACUCCUCCUUCAAUUUUGUAUGCCCACUGCAAUUAAUAUAGGCACCAUUGCACAAUUACAUGAAAAUGGAGAAUUGGAAACUUCUAUGAUUUUAUUUUGGUCAUACACAUCAUCCGUAGUGUUUUUGACAGUAUGGAUUAUUUUUUUCUUGGCUAAGGUCUAAAUUUUGACUUAUAAAUGGAAUCAAUAAUAUUCUAUGGCAUAAGUUCUACAAGAUUUUCAAACAUUGUUAUAUUUCAAAUCAACUGCAAAACACGUAAAAUAUAUGAUGAAGUAUUAGAAACUGAAUAAUUCAUUAAUUAUUUUGGCUAUAACUUUAACCUUGAUAUGUUUACAGUAUGAUUUUUUUUUUUUUUUUUUU